AGGGGCUUGUCAGUAGUCUUGAAGGAAGGAAGAGAAAAAAUUCUGGUAGUGGUUAACAAGGACAACCUUUUAUUUUUUUUGACUCAACUUGAGGCUAGUGGAAUUGGGGAUUCCGUAGAGGGAAGACCCUAUCUCCCCCUCGAAUCAGCCAACCCCCCGCCCCCCAACCCUGGCGGCUCCUACGAGCUACUGAUACUGAAGGGGGAAGUAAAAUCAUUCCCUUUUGAAACAUCUUUUUAAUUGCAACAAACGGAAAAGGACUCGGGCGCUUGUGGCAGCGGGAGAUAGAAGGAGGUCCCCAGACAAAAGGGAGUCCCCUGUGGCUUCAGCUCCAGCUGCAUUGUGCUACGGUAUCGUGACAGCUCUGGUUAUUGCAGGAGCUUCUUUAAGGACUCUACCAGACGUGCUGGAAACUGCCUGAGACUGGGUAGUGGGGAGAGGGGGAGGGAGGGAGAGAAGGAGAGAGGGUUGGAUUCUAGAUUAUUCAUUUCAAUCUCUCCCAGCAACUACCGGACAUGUCAAAAGGGCCGGGUUCCCUUGUCCUGGCCCCCUCCCCGUGUUUGCGUCAGUCCGUACCCCGGACUGCCCUGAGAAGCCUCAGCAGCCUCACCGACUUGGACCGGGGCAUGUCCCAGGCGCCGAGGCGAGGCAAUCCCUUCUCGGCUCCGGGGCCCCAGUCCCACCCACAGAAGUCAGGUUCUUCCAGCUGCGACCCUUGUUUGAGGCCCAUUAUUCACCGCCGGGCCCGCUCGCUCCCCAGCUCCCCCGAGCGCAGGAAGAAGGCGUCAGGGAACGCGGGGGCCCAGUGCAGACCCGGUUGCAAUCGACAGCACCGGGUGCGAUUUGCAGAUGCGUUGGGUCUGGAGCUGACCCAGGUGAAGGUUUUCAACGUUGGGGAAGACCCGUCGGUCCCACUACAUGUUCUUUCGAGGCUAUCCAUCAAUUCCGACCUCUGCUGCAGUAGCCAGGACUUGGAGUUUACCAUCCAGUGCCUGGUUCCGGACUUCCCGCAGCCAGCAGACGGCAGCGACUUCUCAACCCGGCUGCAAGGCCAACGGGUCUGCCUGGAGAGAGUCACUACCUCAGACCUUGGCUUAAGCGGCACCGUCCGGGUGCUUAACUUGGCCUUCGAGAAGCAGGUGACUGUACGCUACACCUACAAUUGCUGGAGGAGCCAGCAGGAAGCAGGAGCUCUUUGGCGUAGCAGUGAUGGGGAUUCAGAUGUGUUCACUUUCUGCUUCCCUGUACCCCCCUACCUUCUGGGGCUCAGUUCUGUGGUCCAGUUUGCAAUUAGAUACCGAGUCGGGGGGAAUGAAUACUGGGACAACAAUAAAGGCCAAAACUACAGUCUCAGGUGCCAGACCCAUCCUCUCAAAAUGCCCCAGGAAUGUGAGGAGAGCUGGAUCCACUUUAUUUGAAUUAUGAUCAAGGCGAAUUUUUGAUGGGGGUGAAGUUUAACUUUCAGGAAGAGUACUGUAGGGGAUAUUUAAAAGCCUUGGAGUUUUUGUCAGUCCUGUGAACAUCUUGGAUAUUUCCAGCACAUAAAUCAGUACUUUACAACAUAAGUUAGUACUUAAAAAGGCCCGUUUUAUAUGGGAGCCACACUUGCAGAAAUUACAAGGAAAUGUUAAAAUAAGAGUGAAGACAGGCCAUAAUAACAGUUGUCCUUUCUUUUUUUUAUCUCAUCUAAAAUCUAAACCAUUUAGCUAUUGGAAUAGAGUCUGUCUGCAAGGCCUAAUUUCAGCAGUUUCCUUUAUCCUAAAGCUAGAAACAAACUUGUUCUGGUAAAGUUUUAAAGCAUGUGUAUGUCAUUUAGCAAAUUAAUUUUUUUAGUUUGGGAGACCAAUUCUUACUUUGUAAUGUGGUAUUUAUGAACGUGUAGUCUGGCAGGCACUGCCUUCAGAGAUUAGGUUUUGCCAAGUAUUUUUGGAAAGGUCAUUUCUCUCCUAGAUUGUUAGGAGACCUCUGACUUUUGCAUGUGCCCUAAAUGUGUCCAUAGAGCUUAGGCAUUGUUAGCAUUUCUGAUCUUGGUAUGUUUUCCUGUAAACAAAUGCCUUCCUAAGAACAGGGACAUUUAGGACUUUAAUAAGCUUAAAUAGAUUGAGUAGUGUGGUUGUGUUGUGCCAGCUGUAAACAGAAUGUAUCACUUUCUUUUUGAGUAUGAAGAACAUCAUAGUACCUUGUAGUGUUCUGGACAUGUCUCCAAUCAAAUAUGAGGUCAUGUUUAUUUGUCAAUCCAGGGUUUACAUUUCUGUAAAAAUGGAGGACUAUUAAUAGUACAGAAGUGUAAACUGAAUCACAUAACCAUUCAUGUGUUGUGGUUUCCCCACCCAUGUGGGUCUAUAUUGCACAUGGGCAAGAGCCAACAAUUUAAAACGUAAUCACUUCUGCCAAAAUACAAAUGUUACAGCAGUUGGCUUUUCUAUGUAAAGUAUUUCCAUUAUAGAAGCCUAAUAAUUAUUUGUCUGCAUUGUUUUCAUGUGUUUUAUUGCAUUAUUCUAUUUAGAUUUGAAGCUACUUGAACAUUUCAAGAAAUUUUGCCUUAAAUCAUUGUGUUUAGGUAUCCCUAAAUCCAGAAUACAGUUUCAGGUGAGAGAGGCUUUUAAUAUUCCAUUUAUGAAGUUAAAAUGAUUUCUUAUGUUUGUUCAAAUAUCAAUAUUAUAUCAGUCAUCUUUCAGAGUGAAGAUAUCACAUAAAUUUACAAGACAUUAAUCAACAGCAAAAAUACUGGUGGUAAUAAAUCCAUAGAUGCUUGUUAUUUUUUUAAACUGUUUAAACUGUGUGUUUGGCAAUACCAGACACCUGUAAAUUUUAGCUGUGAUCUCUUGUGCCUUCAGAAAAUAGAAAAUUCUAAAUGCCGAAUAAUUUUUCAGUUUUCUCUCAUUUUGUAAUUUAAAAAAUGGUUAAUAUACCUCUUCUCCAACCCAGAGAUAGCAGGGACAGAACAGUAUUUACUAAAACCAUACCACAAUUAUAUAAGAAUUCAUUAGUACAGUAAUGACUUCUCACGGUGCUGAGUGGUAUCUCUGACAGAUAGUGGAACAGAUUAGUUGAUCAAUUGAAUAAAAUUUCAGAUGGAAAAUAUUGUAACCAACACUGUGAUUUAAGUUUUUGAAUAUUAUUUGGGAUGUUAAAUCAGUAAUUUCAAGGUUAUUUUUGCAUUUUAAUCUACUUUGUUUGGCUUAUAACUUGUGUUUAAGAAUCCAAGGAAACAGCAAGCACUAUCUCUUUAACCUCUUGAUCUUAGAUCACCCAAUUAUCUCUGUGGAAAUCAAGCCUUAGCUGGUUCUUAAAAAUUGUGCACUACAUUGUCAUGCAAGAGAGAGACAGGCCCAGUUGCAUUUCCUGUUUUACUGCCCAACUAAGCCAAAGGCCUCUGUGAUCCUGGUUUCCCUUGCACUUAUCCCUUGCCCAGAUCAGGGAGCACAAGACAGUAGUUGGGUGUUUUUUGUAUUAUUUAUUGGUGAUUGGCUGCUAAAUUUUUUGGCAUGUAGCUAAAGGACCACAGAGAAUGUGUGAAAUUCACCGUCAUAAAGUGUUCUAUAUAAGGAAAGAUAAGAAAUAUCAAUAUAUUUUAUUUAAAUAGUGCAUCUUUAGGGUUUGAUGAGAUAAGCUCAGGGUGCCUUUAAAAUGAUCAAGAUUUGGAAGGUUUAAAACAUGGAAUCCAUGAACAAUUAAAAGAUCAAAUAUGGCUAACUAAUCAAUAGGGAAGCUAUAGAGCACCAAAAGGUCCUUUUAGAACAUAAAUCAAUACUAAAUAUCAACUGUGUUGUUUAAAUAUCAUACUGGAUUGUAUAAUUAGUGGGUUUUCUCUUUGAUCAUUUUUAAUAUGGUUGUUUUUUAUUUUUGCACCCUUUUUUCACUUAUUAAAAGUUUUAGUAUAUGCACAUGUUGGUUGUUAUUUCUAGCAGUAUUGGGUGUGUUUUCUUUACCACCUUUGUAUAUAUAACUUUGGUUUAAAUUAUUUCAUACAUGGUUUUCACCCUUAAAAUGCUUACCUCUAUUUUAGCAAAAAUGUGCUUAUUUUAUCCUAAAAUUUCAAUGGUCUCCUUAUAAGUAGUAGUGUAAAGGAAGAAUUUUUAUUUACUGGAGUAAUAAUGCUACAUUUUCAAAAGAACAAUAAGUACUCAAGCCUAUUAAUAUAUCUUUUAUUAUUUGUCAAAGCAGGGAUGAUGGCCAUGAAUUCAGAAAAAAAAAUUUACACUUACCUUUCUAAAAUUACAAAAUAGCCAUACACAAAGUGUAACUAUCACUUUGUCAUCUCUGUCUUAGGAAGCUCUUAAAAAUUACAUAGUUAUCAGAAGGUGUGGAAUUAAUUUUGAAACUAGUGUUUCAUUAUCUCAACAUUUAUUAAAUAUAUAGCACAUCCCGAAAUUUUACUGCAAAUGAAAUGUAUUUAAGUGAGUUAAUUAAAUUACUUAUAUACAUAUAAUGUAUAAUAUAAAGUGGCCCAAGUAAUUGUCAUGUAUUAAAAUGAAAUUCUUUUGGUACUUAGGUGUCAUUGGCCCAUACUUUUUCUAAUAAAUUGUUUUAAUAUAUACAUUAUUUAUAAUUAGUUCUAGAGGAUAUAAAUAUAAGUAUUUCAUUUAAAAUCAGGUUUAAAAAUUUAGAUUCAGAAUAACUAUUGGGGGAAAUGCAGUUUCAUUAUUUAAGUCAUUAAGAGGUCUUUAAGCACUCCAGUACUGGGUUAUAUUCUUGAGUCAGAUUCUCAUUGACUAGCUAUAUUGACUACACCUUUUGGAAUGAUAAUGAAUGACUUUUAAAAAUCUGAAAUAGUUUGGGGUUCUUAUUAAAAAUUUCAUUAGCACUUUUAGUGUGUGUAUGAAGUAAAAGUUUAGUGUUUACUGAAAUUUUAGAGAUCUGAGUCUGAUAAUUACACUGAAAUACUAAUUGAAUGGGUUCAUCAAAAAUUAUUAUAGCUGCUCAUUAAUUACAGGGACAUAGAAUUUUAAAAGUAAAAGAUACAUCAAUGAUCCAAUCAAAUUUCUUCAUUUUCACGGCAUUCUAAAAAUGUAAAAUGACUUUCCCUCAGGCAUCCUGCUAGUUACUGGCAGAAUAAGACUAGACUCCAUCCAUGUCUCUGAACUACCUCUAAGUCAGAUUCUCUUUUUACUACCUCAUCCUACAUCUCCAAUGCUUCAUUGGAAAAAACAAACACUAUUUUCAUGUCUCAGUAGAUAAUCUAUAGUGACAGUAAAUCUAGUUACAACUCAUUUUCUACAACAACUAAUCUAUCACAACAAAAAUUCUCUGGUCCCAAAUGGCAUGCUAUAGACAGAAGUGAGUUCCCUCAUUUCUUUUGGCCAGCCAUUAUUUAAAAAGGAAAAACAAUUCUUUAUAGAUAUUAGGUAACUUUAGGUUAAGAUUAUUUGUUUGUAAUAUGUGCAAUAGUCUUUAUUUUAAUUACUAUCAUUAUUAUAACUUUACAACUCUUGUUGCUAAAGGGAGGAAUAAAGUAGAUGGAAAACUUUGGUGAAGUUCAUAAUGUCUAGAAUUGAGGCAGUCUCACCUAAGGAUUGAUUUCUGGCAUUCCUUUUUAGUAGCUGCAGUUGUAUUGGGGAAUGGAACAACAUUGUGCUUCAGUGAAAGGAAUACUGGAUUUGGAAAUCAGAUGUCCUGAGUUCCAGUCCUUCAUAUGACACUUAACUAGAAACAUAAGAUACAAGCUGAUUAAUCGCUCUGAGCUUCACUUUCCUCAUCUAUAAGAUGUGGAUAGUAAUAUCUCUUGAGAGUCAUGAAAGGAAAGGCCUUUGUAAACUUGUAGAUGUUCGUUCUCAAAGUGUGAUUUUUUAAAAUAGUUUUUUAUUUAUUUAGAAUUUUUAUUUUCCCAAAUUACAUAUAGAAACAAAUUUUAACAUCAAUCAAAGUGUGAUUUUUAAAAAAAAAUAAAUGAUGGUUUGAAAUUUGUGUCAAUGGAAAAUAGACGUUUUAAACAUGUUGAUUACUGCUUCUGAUGAUGAUAGUGGUUAUUUGAUUAGUUCUAUAUGUACUAGAAUUUUAAUUAGGAAAAAAAUUAAAGCUAUUGUGAUUAAUUUACCUGGAUAAAAAAAGAUUAUUUGUUUGUUUUUAGAAUUAUUUAUAGACUAUUAUGAAAUACCUAUACUACUCAAUUUUUAGGGUUUAAAAACUAGUUCUUUGUCCUUAAUAACGCCUACUUUCCCCAAGUUAGAGGACUACUAAGUACUUUUAAAAGCACAGCUUGUCCUUUUAAGUAAUUUCUCAUUAAAAAAAAUUCAGUUCAAGGAUUCACUUCAUAAAAAUAUAUUAAGUUCUGUUAAAUUAAGAACACUGUGCAAAGAGAUAAGAAAUAAUUCACUUGCAAUGUACAGUAUAGUUGGGGACAGAGUAAAUAAAAGGUAUACCAAAAAUCUUAAUGCAGUUUUGUGAAAGCUUAAAACUAAAACUUUGGGGACAUCAUGUAUAAAAUAAUGACUAUACAUGCAUUAAAAAAGACAGAUGUUAUGUGAGGAGAGCUACUAGGGUCUCAGUGGAAGCUUUAUGAAGGAGGUGGCCUUUGAGCUGGACUUUAAAAGCUGAAUGGGAUUUCUGUGUGAUAAUGAAGGGCAAGAGUGGUAAAGAGGAUUCUAUUUAAAGCAGGUGCUUGUAACUUUUUUGGAGGGUUAGGAACUCCUUUGUCAGUCUGGUCAAACUCCAUUAAUUCUUUCUCAGAAUAAUGUUUUUAAAUCAUAAAAUAAAAUACAAAAAAAAACCCCAAUUAUAUUGAAAUACAGUUAUCAAAACAUUUUGAAAAGUUAAUAGGCUUCAGAUUAAAAACCCUUGUAAAAAAGUAAAGUACUUUUAAAAGGCAAUUCCAGCCUUUCUGUGAGAUCUAUUGGAAGCUUUUAUUGAAGGCUGGAAUUUUGCAGCUAAGGAAACAGGCCCAAAUAAAGUAUCUCGGCCAAUUUCACAUAAGUAUUAAGUAUCAGUAAUUACUCUUCAAUAUCAUAUUGUAAACUAUUCUGUACAACAAAUUAUAACAAUACAACUAUAAACUUGAGGAAUACUGUGUUUUAAUGGGUUAAAAGUGCAAGUGAUAACUUUUUAAAGCAUCUGAACCUUACUGAUAGUCUUAUAUUCAAGAUAUCAAAAUUUUUAGGCAGUAGUGACAUCUACUGGCUCUUUAAUAUUUUCACCUUUAAGACCAUAGGUGAGGUUUUUCGGAUGCUCCUGUGUUGAUGACAACAAGCCUCUGAACACUGGAAGGCCUCCUCAGUAAUCCAUUGUCCCUCAAAAGAGUUCAGCUAAGCUGUACAUAAUGGAAAAACCAAAUGGAUGAACAAUCCCAAUUACCCAAAUUAUAAAUAUAGUUAAUUGAGUUAGUACAUAAAUCUUAGAUGCUGUAGAUGGAUGAGCAGGGCCCAGAGUUGAAUAGGAUAGUGGUCUAUAUUGUUUAGAAAUCUGCUCAGUGCUUUUAAUUAUCAUAAACUUUAUUCCCAUAGAAAGCCAUCAUUUUUAAUGUCAUUAUUCUCUUGGUGAUUCUAUAUGGUUGUAAAUCGUGUGACAUGACUAAAUAUUCACAAUAGCCAACUAGGGAAAAAAUGAAAAGAUUGGAUAGAAAUAAUCUGUAACAUUACUAUGACUUUCUUGUGACUAAAAGAUGUUUCAGGUGGGCCUCUUAAUGUCUGGUUGGAAGAACUGUGAAUUGAUCUAAAUGUUUUGGAAAGAGAUUUUUAAUUAUUCAAGGAAAGUGACUAGAAAUGGCUACACCCUUUGGCCCAGAUUCCACUGUAAUAUUAAUGACAAAA